AUGGCGAUCAAAGAAACAGACACGCUGACCCUCGGGUUGGCUGACCCAGCGUUACUUGAGAAGAUUGACAAACUUUUUGCCUGUAACGUGGGGGAAUAUGUCAGUCUCCCCCAACUCGUCGUAGUUGGAGAUCAGUCCAGCGGAAAGAGCUCGGUUCUUGAGGGUCUUACCAAGUUGAACUUCCCUCGAGACAGCGGCCUUUGCACACGAUUUGCGACCCAGAUUAUCUUUCGUCGUAAUGCCAAUUUGACUGAACGAGAAAUCUCGGCAUGUAUUAUCCCUGCCUCAGAUGCGAAUGCAGAGGAGGACCAGAAGCUACGGAGUUGGAAGGCCGCGGGGCUGCAGUCACUGAAUGCUGCCGACUUCAGUUGCACGAUGAAAGAGGUUCACGAGGUCAUGAAUCUUUCUUCAAGUGUCGGCGAUCAAAAGCCGACAUUUUCGAACAGCGUGCUUCAACUGGAGAUUCGUGGGCCGAGCGAGAGUCACCUUAGCGUGAUCGAUGUCCCUGGCAUAUUCAAGAAUACGACUUUGGAUCGAAUGACGAAGACUGAUAUCAUGCUUGUCCGGAACAUGGUUCUUCGCUACAUGCAAAACCAACGAUCUAUCAUGUUGGCUGUGGUUCCAGCAAAUGUCGAUAUCGCCACCCAGGAAAUCAUUGAGAUGGCCAGAGAGAUCGACCCGGAAGGAGAACGAACAUUGCGGAUUCUUACCAAACCAGACCUCGUCGACAAAGGAGCCGAGCACAAUGUGAUCCAGCUAAUUCUUGAUGGGAAUUCGAACGGACAGCUAGGAUGGAUCCUGGUUCGAAACCUCGGCCAAGAGCAGCUUCAGGCUGGUGAUGCCGACCGAGAUCUCGAAGAAAGAAUAUUUUAUCAGAAUGCUCCUUGGAAUCGUGUUCCGCCUGAGAAUUAUGGGAUUGCAUCUUUGAUGGCUCGCCUUCAAGAACUCCUCACAUCAACUGUCCGCCGCGAGUUCCCCUCGGUGCGCUCUGAAGUGAUCAAAAGACUCAAAGACUCGAAAACCCUAUUGCAAUCUCUCGGAGUUCAGCGAGAAACAGCAGAGCAACAGAGGCGGAUUCUUCUAGAUGUUGUGUCAGCCUUCCAAGAGAUUACGCAGCACGCUCUUGCAACGAACUAUGGUGUCAAUGACAUCUUCGAUGAAGACAAGGACUUACGACUAGCUACAUUGGUCUCCCUCAGGAAUGAUGUCUUUUCACACAACAUCGCCAAUUGCGGUCACACCUACACUUUCCGGUCAAACCCCGAAGAGAUAAAUGUGAGGGUUGAUGAUCAUGAAGAAACACGCAAUAAUACCGCCGAUACUGAAAAGCCGCAAAAUAUCAUGCAAAGCCGCAAAAACUGGGAUCCAAGCCGCCAAACGCCCAAAAUCGAGGAUCUUGAAGAUAUCAUACAUGCUUCUGAACCUGUGGAGCCUUCCGUCAAAACGGGCAUCCUUUCUUGGAUUGAAAGGGUUUACUCCAACUCCAGGGGGUUUGAAAUCGGCACAUUCAACCAUACCUUGCUGGCUACCCUCAUGAAGAAGCAGUCGGUCAAAUGGCCGAUCAUUGCGCGUGGUUACAUAAGUGAUAUUAUCAGUGUUGUCCAUGCGUUCAUCCGCAAAUCACUUCAAGUCGUUUCCAAAGACACGCAGAUUUCGUCGAAAAUCAUGUCCCUGCUGAUGGAAGAUCUUGUUGAAAAGUACAAACAGGCAAUGUCAACCGUCGAAUUUCUUUUAAGAAUUGAACGCGAAGGAACCCCAAUUACUAUGAAUCACUACUUCAAUGACAACCUUGAGAAAUGUCGACAAAAGCGAUUGCAUGCGUCUGUCGCUAAAAAGUCUUUCGACGAUUGUAAACACGGAGAGGUUGUCCGACUGAGUGAUCUUGUUCACCAACACCACAUGAGCAACGUCGAUCACACUGUUCGUGAUAUUCAUGAUAUUCUGGACGCGUAUUACAAGGUGGCUCGCAAGAGGUUUGUGGACAAUAUUUGCAUGCAGGCAGCGGACCAUUUUUUGGUGACUGGUCCCGAGGCACCCAUGAAACUCUUCUCUCCGUCAUGGGUCAAUGACCUCUCAAAUGAGAGAUUGGAGGAGAUAGUCGGAGAAGGCAGGGCAUCAAAGAGAAGACGGCGACAGCUGGAGAAAGAGGUUGAGGACUUGGAGGCUGGAAAGGCAGUUUUGCUUAAAUGA